CAGUAUUUCCCUGACAUCACAAUCAUAACUAAAUUUAAAAAAAAACUACUAAAUUCAGAGUGCAGUUUCCAAAUACUUUAUACUUUUAGUAAGCUUUGCAUACCAUGGAUGCGGUUCGCAAGUUCUUAAGUGCCGAUCUAUAUUCCUAUAUAGAGGGUAUCGUAAAUAGUCUCUUCCUUGGAUCUCCGUGUUUGGACGCGUGCUCAGAUGAAGUAAAGAAAAACGCGAAAAUGUGGUGCCGAAGCUGUACAUCCCUAGUGACACAACCUAGUUAUACAAUUAGGCACCAUUAUCCAGGUCCUUUGGUCACCUACGACGGCGAGGCGCGAUGUGAGCCGCGUCUCAUUCGCCUUUCUGACUUAACCAUGAGCACAAUGGAGCUUAUCUUCCAAGCUUAUGGAGACAAUGAUGAUGAUGGUGAUGAUGAAAUGGAUGAAGUGUGUGAAAACAAGAAAGAUGUGGAGGAAAAGUGUGACAAGCAGGCAGAGGAGUCGGCGUUUAGUAAAUUAAGGAAAAUCUUUGGCUGGCAAACAAAUAAACCUAUUGAAGACGACAAUAGCCAGAGUGUGGACUCCUGCAGGCUGAAUGGUGGCAGGGAGGAACCCGACUUGGCAGACGAUUCACUCACCGAAAAGAAUCAGAAGCUCCAAGCACUGGAGGAUCGUGCCAGGGGUAUAUACGAAAUGCAUAUCGAAUCUUCUCCAGAUUCGCCGUCUUGGGACUGCCUGAAACCCUCGCAGAAACUGCGCUUUCAAUGGAAGGCUUCUACUGGCGAUGAUCUGAUGAAAAGUCCUUAUGAAAAUUUCACGUUGAUUUUUACCAGAAGUUUCCUCGAAGCUUUUCCCCGUGCCACAUGUGCCACUGUUCGAAAGGAGCAAAAAAUUGCAUGGUGGAACUUAGAUCGCUGCCAGCGCAUGCCGUUCAUACUGCAGGCUCUACUGUACCAAGUGGCCAUCGGUGCCAUCGAUCCCGAAGAUCACUGUGCUGUUCGUGAACUUUUUCACAAGUUGCGAUAAAGUGAGAAGUGCGUUUUCCAUUUCCAUUACCAUUUCGAUUUUAUACGAACCAGAUGUUGUGUGGCCCGUCUAUUUUGGUGCUGAGCCUCGAAAUUCG